AUGCUGUACGACCCGGCGCGCCGCCGCCUAGUCACCGCAGCCAGCCGGCCCUACGUGUGGCACCACAAGGUGGUCACUCUUGACAAGACGGGCCACAGGGAGCCGCUGCGUGGCGUGCUGUACAACAGCACCUUCCACGUGGCUGUCUCAGUGGACGAGGGCGGAACCGUCUGCGUGUGGUGCAUGCAGGACGGCUCGAGGGAGGGCCGCUUCAGCAAUGCCCACGGGGACAGCAAGGUGACUGCGCUGUCUUUUGACAAGAACGAGCGCCGGCUGGUGACGGCGGCCAACGACGCCUGCAUACGCAUGUGGAACUUCAACAACGGCAGCCUGCUGCGCACGUGA